UCCGGUGCUUAGACCAUUGAGAGUAUCAAAAACUGGUAACAUACUAUACCUCGACUCCAUUUUGGGAGUGGAUAUGGCUGAACCCCUGAUUGCCGGACUUUUGUGUCUAAUUAUCUGUUUGGCUUCUGGAGACGAUAUUACGCUGAACAAAAACGCUGUAAGAAAGUCAGACCUUCAGAUAUUUAUUGAUACCAGAACAAUAACUAAUGCAGUGGUUUUGAAUAAGCCGGAUGGAUCAGAAGAAGGAAGAUGUUCAGCACCACUUAGCGUCAAUCCUGUACUUUGUUCUGCAAACUUCGCUCAAAAUGGCACUAUAACAACUGUCACUUUAUCAUCUGUAGCAAGAGCAAAUCAUCAAGGUGUAUGGACAAGUAUACAUGGAAGUGACAAUGGGAAUAUUAACAUUACUGUAUUGACCAUUCCUACCUUAACUGUGAGUCAAACUGUUUCCGCUCUGACUUUGUCAAGCUCAAAUACACAAAGCUUGACCAUUAUAGCCACAUGUGCGUACCCAGCUGUCUCACUCGCCGUGUACUUUGUGCCAACUGGAGGAGGAACUGCAGUGAGUUCCCCAUCAUCAACAGCAACAUGUACGAGUACUGGUAAUGCAGGAUGUACUGACACGGAUGCCAACAUCUACAACUGUGUCAUUGUACCGAAAGUUGAGACAUCUCUUUCAGCGGGUACAUACCACGUACAGUUUGUAGUCAAUCUCGCUGGGCAGUAUGAACCUAUAGGACUGACCUCCACCAUCACUGAUACUGUGAUAACAACUGAAGCAAGUAGCAGCAUCUGUGACUCGUGCCCAACUACUAUUGCUUUGGCGGUCAUUGGCUUAGUUGUAGCUGUGGGUUGCGUGGCUAUCUGUUGGAUAUUGUAUUCCCAACACAGUGGUAAGUACUUUUGAGUUUUAGUUAGCAUU